UCGGCUCCCGCUCCCCGCGCGCAAGAUGGCUGACCCGGCUGCGGGGCCGCCGCCGAGCGAGGGCGAGGAGAGCACCGUGCGCUUCGCCCGCAAAGGCGCCCUCCGGCAGAAGAACGUGCACGAGGUGAAGAACCACAAAUUCACCGCCCGCUUCUUCAAGCAGCCCACCUUCUGCAGCCACUGCACCGACUUCAUCUGGGGCUUCGGGAAGCAAGGAUUCCAGUGCCAAGUCUGCUGUUUUGUCGUGCACAAGCGGUGCCAUGAGUUCGUCACCUUCUCCUGCCCAGGUGCCGACAAAGGCCCCGCCUCUGAUGACCCCCGGAGCAAACACAAGUUUAAAAUCCACACGUACUCCAGCCCCACGUUUUGUGACCACUGUGGGUCACUGCUGUACGGACUCAUCCACCAGGGGAUGAAAUGUGACACCUGCAUGAUGAACGUGCACAAACGCUGCGUGAUGAACGUCCCCAGCCUGUGCGGCACAGACCACACGGAGCGCCGCGGCCGCAUCUACAUCCAGGCCCACAUCGAGAGGGAAGUCCUCAUCGUCGUCGUAAGAGAUGCUAAAAACCUUGUACCUAUGGACCCCAAUGGCUUGUCAGACCCUUACGUGAAACUGAAACUGAUUCCCGACCCCAAGAGCGAGAGCAAGCAGAAGACCAAAACCAUCAAAUGCUCCCUCAACCCUGAGUGGAACGAGACAUUCAGAUUCCAGCUGAAAGAAUCGGACAAAGACAGAAGACUGUCCGUAGAGAUUUGGGACUGGGAUCUGACCAGCAGGAAUGACUUCAUGGGAUCUUUGUCGUUUGGGAUUUCUGAACUGCAGAAAGCUGGUGUUGAUGGCUGGUUCAAGUUGCUGAGCCAGGAGGAAGGCGAGUACUUCAAUGUGCCUGUGCCGCCAGAAGGAAGCGAGGGCAAUGAAGAGCUGAGGCAGAAAUUCGAGAGAGCCAAGAUCAGUCAGGGGACCAAGGCUCCGGAAGAAAAGACAACCAACACCAUAUCCAAACUUGACAACAACGGGAACAGAGACCGAAUGAAACUGACUGAUUUUAACUUCCUGAUGGUGCUCGGGAAAGGAAGCUUUGGCAAGGUCAUGCUCUCCGAGCGGAAAGGCACGGACGAGCUCUACGCCGUGAAGAUCCUGAAGAAGGACGUGGUGAUCCAGGACGACGAUGUGGAGUGCACGAUGGUGGAGAAGCGGGUGCUGGCCCUGCCCGGGAAGCCGCCCUUCCUGACCCAGCUGCAUUCCUGCUUCCAGACCAUGGACCGCCUGUACUUCGUGAUGGAGUACGUGAACGGGGGUGACCUCAUGUACCACAUCCAGCAAGUUGGCCGGUUUAAGGAGCCUCAUGCUGUAUUUUACGCUGCAGAAAUUGCCAUCGGUCUGUUCUUCUUGCAGAGCAAGGGCAUCAUUUACCGUGACCUCAAACUUGACAAUGUGAUGCUGGAUUCAGAGGGCCACAUCAAGAUUGCUGAUUUUGGCAUGUGUAAGGAAAACAUCUGGGAUGGGGUGACCACCAAGACAUUCUGUGGAACUCCAGACUACAUUGCCCCUGAGAUCAUUGCCUACCAGCCCUACGGGAAGUCUGUGGAUUGGUGGGCCUUCGGAGUCCUGCUGUAUGAGAUGCUGGCUGGACAGGCACCCUUUGAAGGCGAGGAUGAGGAUGAGCUCUUCCAGUCCAUCAUGGAACACAACGUGGCUUACCCCAAGUCCAUGUCCAAGGAAGCUGUGGCCAUCUGCAAAGGGCUGAUGACCAAACACCCGGGCAAACGCCUGGGGUGCGGACCCGAAGGUGAACGCGACAUCAAGGAGCACGCGUUUUUCCGGUAUAUUGAUUGGGAGAAACUGGAGCGCAAAGAGAUCCAGCCCCCGUACAAGCCGAAAGCCUGUGGGCGAAAUGCUGAGAACUUCGACCGGUUUUUCACCCGCCAUCCACCAGUCCUAACACCUCCCGACCAGGAAGUCAUCAGGAAUAUUGACCAGUCAGAAUUCGAAGGAUUUUCCUUUGUUAACUCUGAAUUUUUAAAACCUGAAGUCAAGAGCUAA